CAUAGACAGAGCAAAUUUCAUAAAGGACUAGAAGUGAAGCUGAAUUUCAUUCCAGGAUGAAGAGGCUCUUCCUCCUCCUCUACCUGAUCCCAGGUCCAGUAUACUGCACUGAUGUGAUUGGUUACUCAGGAGGAAGUGUCACUAUCAUCUCUGAUAUACAGUGGUACAAACACAACAGUAAAUAUAUUUGCAAAUUGAAUGAAAAAGACUGCAGUGAUAUAAUACGUGCUGACACCAAACGCUCUAAAGUUCAAUUUGGAAGAUUCCUGUUGUAUUCAAACACAGAAAACCAGCUCUUAGUAUUGAUCAGAAAGCUGAAGCCACAAGAUGCUGGAAUGUAUAGAUUUGGAGUGGGGGAUCAGAGCAACUCCACUGUGACCCUAAAGGUUCAUAAUAAUACGUCUGGGGUGCCAAAAAUAAUAAACACUUAUCUUGGGCAGAAUAUCACCAUCACCUGUAACUAUCCAGUGGAGUAUAAGAGAAGCACCAAAUAUGUCAGAACAACUGAUGAUGACAUUAAUAUGGAACGAAUUCUUGAUACUAACAAAAAAUCUCAGAACGGCAGAUUCUCCAUUUCUGAUGACAGAAGUGCUAAAGUUCUCACUGUGAACAUCAGCGACGUGAGAGAAACUGAUGAAGUAUUUUAUUUAUUUGGUGUGUGGAAUGGAGAGGGGUCAGUCAGAUAUUUCUCCUACUUUAGAGACAUGUGGCUACAUGUUACAGAUCCUAGCACAAAUAUUCAUUCAACAACAACAGCCACCUACCUGAUGACCUCAGCAGCACCGAUAGAAACUCCAUCUGCAGUGUGUUUCUGUUCCUCUGUUAUCAUCAUGAUCAGAGUGUGUGUCUGUGUGACUCUGCUGCUCUUUGGAGGAUGUGGACUAAUGAUGAUCUACAAACUGAGAAAGAAGAGAAAACAAGAUAAUACACCUUCAUUCAGGAGUAAGGAGAAUAAACAUCUUACUUCUGAUGAUAAUGAUUCUAUGUACGAAAACAUGACAAGUACCGCAGUCUAAAACUACAGCAGUAAAAGAAUCAGUCAGAUCUUCCUGCUUAAGUUGUCAAUCUGUGUGUGUGUGUGUGUGUGUGUGUGUGU